UUAUGAUCUUGAGUACAAGGAAUUAUGUCUUUUCAUUGGCAAACAUUGUUUCUAGACUCAAUACUUAUAAGAAAUCUGUUGUGGUGCUUAAUGAAAUGAUUGCUCCAAAUUUUACACUAAGUAUCAGCCAGUCUACUUUCACCAAUGAUACUUUCACUAGAAUUCCAUGAAUGUCUUUCAAAGGAGUAAUACAGUUGAUACGUAUCAAUAAUGUUAAUGUUACUAAUUCUACUGGAAACAUUUAUGAGUUCACUCCCAUUCAGGCAGAUUUUAGACAAAUAUCAGAAAUUAGUAAGAUAUUUAAAUGACUCUUAUAGGUGACAGUACAUAUCAGCAGAUCCAAGCUGAUCAUGUCAUUUCUAUCUUUAAUGCAGCCCAGUUAACAUUGACAAGAAUCGAUUUCAAGUUUUGUUCUAGUUUCCAAAAUGGAGCUUCAAUCUUUGCAGGUUAUAAGAAUGUCAAUGUUAUUCUCCUAGACUGUGCUUUUGAAAAUAAUUUUGCUGUCUUUGGAGGAACAAUUUAUAGUGAAUAUGGCAAUGAAAUCUCUUGCAUUAAAUGUGGGUUUUAUAAUAAUACAGCUGUUCUGGGUGGAGCUGUUUAUCUCCUACAUGAUUCAAGUAUGAUACUCACAAAUGCUAUUUUUGAUAAAAACUGGGCAAUGUUAUAUCCAAUAAUGUAUCUUGGAUAUGCAAAGAAUUCAAUUAGCUCUUGAUCACUAUGUGAUAUAAAUUCAAAUAUCAUCCCUACUGAUGCUAGAGUUCAACUUCGGACUAAAUUAACUGGCUAUAGCACUCUUCAAGGACUAGUCGAUACUUACUCAGUGAAGCAAAAUGAUAAGGCUGCUAUUAAGCUUGAGAACGGGUACCUCAAGUUCAAUAUUACCAAAACAAUUAGCCAGAGCUAUUUCAUCAGUGCUAUCUCUGAUUCAAUCUUAUACAUUAACAAUUUAGAGUAUUUCGUGCCAUCAGAAAUCUCAACUAUUGUAAAUGUAGAGGCAUCCUUCUUGAGUAUUACAAACACAGAUUUUAAAACUUUACAGCUGGUUGGAGGCUCAAAUAUAUCCCCAGAAAAUAUUCCUUUCUUAUUUGAAGUCCUUGCUGGGUCAAGCUUUGCUCUAUCGCAAACUAAUUUUAGUUCAAUUGGAAUUCCGAUUCUAAAAUGUCAACGAAGUAAGAUGAAUAUAGAAUCUGUAAUUAUUGGAAGUAUUACUCAAAGCGGAACAAAUAUGAUAAUUACGAGGAACUGUGAUACUACUAUUACUGAUGUGAAUAUUACUAAUGCUUUGAUAUCUAAUAUUCCUAACCUAUUGUACAUUCAGCAAAACUCUGUGCUGAGUUUGGUAAACUCAAGAUUUACUAAUUUCAACGGAGGAUUAAUCGGACUGGGUGACUCCACCCUGAAUAUAAAGAACUCUACAAUAACAGCUUCUACACUUGUGGGAGGAAACAAACCGGAAUCUGGGAGAGCAGUAGAGGCUGAGGGCUCUAAUAUUGUAAUAGAAAACAGCACUCUUUCAUACUUAGAUUCUAGUGUAAAUGGAGGAGCCAUAUCUUUGACACAAUCAUUGAGUAAAAGAAAGAAUAAUCCAAAUUAUUUGACAAUCACAUCUUCUAAUUUCACAAAUAAUGUGAGUGCUCUAAGAGGAGGCUCUAUUUUUGCAGAAAAUGUUGAUGUUACAAUUGAAAAUUCUAUCCUCAAAUCUAGUAGUUCCCAGGACGGAGGAGCUAUAUAUUUAAGCUGUGACGUAAAUGCGGACCCAGGUUGUUCAUAUAAGCUUUCAAGUGUUCAAGCAACCCAAAAUACGGCAUCAAAAUAUGGCGGAGCUCUUUACACUGACAUGUUUAAACCAAAUAUUACUAAUUCUAUUUUUGAAGGUAAUACUGCUUCUACUUAUGGAACAGACUAUGCUGCAUAUCCUUUGGAGAUAAAGAUAAAUUCAGGAGAUUUAAUCUCAGUAGUUAGUGGGCAGACAGUUGGAGAUAUUCUUUCAUAUGUUGCAUAUGAUUUCUUUGAUCAAGUUGCAUUUAAUUUAGGUAACAAGCUAUCUUCUCUUCAGAUAAAUUCGUCUGAUAUUAGCUUACGUGAACAAUCAAGGGCCUCAUCAAACAACGGUGAAUUCAUAUUCACAAAUACAAUUAUUGUUGGUCUUCCUGGUACGAAUGGAACAUUGACUUUUCUGACCUCUGCGCUUGACUUAGACAAAUAUAAUAGGAUAUAUGGGACAAAUGCCAGCCAAAUUGUGAUUGAUUCACCUUUUGCCAUCAGAUAUUGCGACAGAGGAGAAGCUCAAGAGAACAAUAUUUGAGUGAAAUGUGCUCAAGGGACAUAUACACUGGAAGCAAACUCCUCAAGAUGCCUUAACUGCCCGAGUAAUGCUCACUGCCCGGGUGAAGAUGUGAUCCAGGUUGAUAAAGGCUACUGGAGAGCUUCAGUAAAUACUGACGUCAUUUAUGAGUGCCUUUGUGUCAGCGGGUGUCUCGGAGGUCAAGAAUCAACCUGAAGAGCUGGAUAUUAUGGCAGAUUAUGAAACGAAUGAGUCUUUAAUGAAACUAUGAAAUAUUCUCGGAGCAAAGUAUAUGAUUGAGCUGAGUGCCCUAGCAAUACCAUCAAUAUGAUCUACUUUGCUAUGUAUAUGUUAGGGACUUCCUGAUAUGUGGCCUUCUUGACUUAUAAUAACUAUAUCAAUGCGAUAAAAGAGAAGGACUCAACAGUGUUGGUCAGAAUUUUCACAAUGUAUAUGCAAAUUUAUGGAAUCAUUGCAAGUUUUGAUGCUACAAGUGGCUUAAUUUACAGUAUGGUCUCAUUCGUAUCAAUUGGAGGAGAAUCUUCAGGAAGAGCUCUAGUAUCUUUAGAUUGAAUCUUUCUCGAGCAAGGAAUCAGCCAAGACACUCUUUAUAUCAUGAAAUUAUUGAUAAUCUCUGUAUUCCCUAUCAUUGGAGGUUUGAUGGCAGGUGCGUUUUAUGGAAUAUUCUGGUGAAUUAGCAAGAAAUAUCGUCAUAUCAUGGGACGGCUUUAUAUCGUAACUUUAUGUGCUAUUUAUUACUUGAUGUACCCAACUAUUGUAAAUUUCACUGUAAAUCUCAUAAAUUGAGUGAAUAUUGAGGGUGAUAAUUGGCUGAAGCAAAACACAAAUAUUCAGUGUUGGACUGGAAGACAUAUAUUUUGGAUCAUAUUUGUAGGAGUACCCAUCUUCAUUAUUUGGAUAUUCGGUGUUCCCAUUACAAUCUUACUUACUCUCAGACGAAGAGAGAAGUAUCUGGAUGAAGAGAAGAACUUGAGAACUCUUGGGUUUUGGUACAUUGGACUUAAAAGAAAGACUCAUGAAACUGAAGAUAAUCAUUAUGAAAAGAAUGCAUAUUACUGGGAAUUCUUGAUGGAAUUUAGAAAAACUCUUCUAAUUACCAUCAACUCUAUAGGAUCAGCUAUUCAUCUUCGUCAUAGAGCUUUGCUGAUGCUUAUUGUUCUAUAUCUCACAUGUGUUCUGGUAUCAAAAAUUAAGCCAUAUAGGAAAGAAUAUCUCAACAAAGUGCAUUACAUUGCAGAUUUUGUUGCACUGGUGACCUUUGGUAUUGCAGUUGAGAUAGAGGAUUCAGGAUCAGAUACAAAGAUCAUAGUACUAUUCUGCCUCAUGAUCGCCCUCAAUAUCGCAUUCAUUGGUCUGUUUAUUUUCUACUAUGUUUCGUAUAAUAUCAAGGAUCGAAUAGAGAGGAUCAAGAAAGCCACAGAAGAAAGGGAGUAUAAAAAGAUGCUCGAAGAUAUCAAAAGAGAAGAGAUGCUCAGGAAUAGACUUGCUGAUGAUGAUGAGGACUAUAAUAUUGUUUAUAAGAGAAGAAAGCAUCUGAAAAAAUCAGAAAAUCUUUACAAGUACCAGAACGCUGAUAUCGACCUUGCUAAGAAUUAUAAAUCUAAAUUUGCGAAAGAGGAAGAUAAGAAAAAUCAUGACGUGUCAAGAAGUGAAACAAGUAUCCCAUUUUAUUAAGAUUCAAUCUCAAA